AUGAGGUUUCGGUCAGUUCUUAAGGCCAGGUCUUUUCUCUACAAUACCGCGACUGGACAUACACUCGCCCGGCAGAGUGUCCGAUGUUUAUGUGUAUCUGCUUUUAAUUCAAAUUAUUCUCCGGGAUUGUCAAGGUGUAUCAACAAGAGUUCUUCCUGGAAUGAAUCUCCUCACGUCUUUAGAUUUGGCCAACUGCAGUUGUGUCGCAUGUACAGUUCAGAUCUUCCUGACCACUUCAAAAUCUGUCUCCCUGCAUUGUCUCCAACAAUGGAAGCAGGUACAAUUGUCAAUUGGCAAAAGAAAGAAGGAGAUAAAGUUUCUGAAGGGGAACUCUUAGCAGAAAUUGAGACUGAUAAAGCCACCAUGGGCUUUGAAUCUUCAGAAGAAGGGUUUCUUGCUCGAAUUUUAGUGCCGGCUGGAUCUGCAAAUAUCCCUGUUGGAAAGUUGCUUUGUGUCAUUGUGUGUGAAGAGGAUGGCAUUGAGGCAUUUAAGAACUUUGUGCCAACAGCUGAAGAUGAUGAAGUGAUUGGUGGAGGUGCCCCUGCAGCAGCACCGACCCCUCCUCCGCCUCCCCCAGCUCCUAAGCCAGUUGCAGCACCUGCACCUUCACGAGCCCCAGCCCCUGUUGCAGCUGCCCCACACUCACAAGAGGCUCGAGACCGGGUGUUUGCAACACCAUUUGCCAGGAAGUUAGCAGCUGACAGAGGAAUUGAUUUGAAUGCUGUUAUUGGUUCUGGCCCAGAAGGACGGAUUGUGGCUGAAGAUAUUGAGAAAUUUGUACCCUCUGCAGCUCCACAAGCCGGAGUUGCUCCAACUGCAUCUGCUCCUGCAGUCACUCUCGCACCUCCAGCCGGCACUGCGUAUGUAGAUAUACCUCUGUCCAACAUUAGACAAGUUAUAGCAAAACGUUUACUUCAAUCAAAACAGACAAUUCCUCAUUAUUACCUUUCUGUUGAUGUAAAAAUGGACAAUGUGAUCAGGUUGAGAAAGGAACUGAAUGGAAUUCUCUCCAAACAAAACAUCAAAUUAUCUGUGAAUGAUUUCAUCAUCAAGGCUUCAGCUCUUGCCUGUUUGAAAGUUCCUGAUGCCAAUUCCUCUUGGAUGGAAACUGUUAUCAGGCAAUAUCAAACUGUGGACAUUUCUGUUGCUGUUGCCACAGAAAAUGGACUUAUUACUCCAAUUGUAACAAAGGCAGAUUCCAAGGUAGAUAUCUCAAAAAUCGUUGUAAUGAUCAAGGAAAAAUUUUUUUUGUCUCUCUCUCUCUUUCUUUGUCUCUCUCUUUCUUUGUCUCUCUCUUUCUUUGUCUCUCUCUUUCUUUGUCUCUCUCUUUCUUUGUCUCUUUUUUCUCUUUCUUUUCUUUUUCUUUUUUGUUUCUUUUCUUUGUCUCUCUUUUCUUUUCUCUCUCUUUCUUUGUCUCUCUUUUUUUGUCUCUCUUUUCUUUGUCUUUUCUUUUGUCUCUCUUUUCUUUGUCUCUUUCUUUCUUUUCUUUCUCUCUUUUUUUCUUUCUUUUGUCUCUUUUUCUUUUUUGUUUCUCUUUUUUCUUUUUCUCUGUCUCUUUCUUUUGUCUUUCUUUUGUCUCUCUCUUUGUCUUUCUUUGUCUCUCUCUCUUUGUCUUUCUUUGUCUCUCUCUCUUUGUCUUUCUUUGUCUCUCUCUUUUUCUUUUUUUUUUCUCUCUCUUUGUCUUUUUUUUUUGUUUUCUCUCUCUUUGUCUUUCUUUGUUUCUCUUUGUCUUUUUUUUUUUUUUUGUCUCUCUCUCUUUGUCUUUUUUUGUCUCUCUCUCUCUUUGUUUUCUUUUUUUUCUCUCUCUCUUUCUUUGUUUUUUUUUUUCUUCUCUCUUUGUCUUUCUUUGUCUCUUUCUUUUUCUCUUCUUUCCUUGUCUCUCUCUCUUUGUCUUUUUUGUUCUCUCUCUUUGUUUUUUUUCUUUUUUCUUUUUUUUUUCUUUUUCUUUGGUUUUCUUUUUUUUCUUUCUUUUCUUCUUUUUUUUCUUUCUUUUUUUGUUUUUUUUUCUUUGUUUUCUUUCUUUGUCUUUUUUUUUGUCUUUUUUUUUUCUUUUUUCUUUCUCUUUUCUUUUUUUUUUCUUCUCUUUUUUCUCUUCUUUUUCUCUUUUUUUGUCUUUUUUUUCUUUUUUUCUUUCUUUGUCUCUCUCUUUUCUCUUUCUUUUCUUUUUUCUUUUUUUUUCUUUUUUUUCUCUUUCUCUUUUUUUUCUUUCUUUCUUUUUCUUUUUUUCUUUUCUUUUUCUGUUUUUCUUUUUUCUCUUUUGUUUUUUUUUUCUUUUUUUUUUUUUUUUCUUUUUGUUUUUCUCUCUUUCUUUCUCUUUCUCUUUUUCUCUUUUCUUUUUCUCUUUCUUUUUUCUCUUUUCUUUUUUUUCUUUUCUUUCUUUUCUUUUUUUUCUUUUUUUUUGUCUGUUUUUUUUUUUUUUCUUUUUUCUUUCUUUCUUUUUGUUCUUUUUGUCUUUCUUUUCUUUUUUUCUUUUUGUUCUUUCUUUUUUCUUUUUUUCUUUUCUUCACUUCUUUUUCUUUUUUCUUUUUUUCUUUCUUUUCUUUCUUUUUUGUCUCUUUUCUUUUUCUUUUGUUCUUUUCUUUUUUCUUUCUUUUUUUAAACUUUUUUUUGUUUUUCUUUUUUUCUUUUUUUUUCUUUCUUUUUCUUUUUCUUUGUCUUUCUUUUUCUUUCUCUUUUUUUUUUCUUUGUUUUUUCUUUUCUUUCUUUUUUUUUUUUUCUCUUUCUCUUUCUUUCUCUCUUUCUCUUCUUUUUUUCUCUUUCUCUUUUUCUUUCUCUCUUUCUCUUUUUUUCUUUGUCUCUUUCUUUUUUUCUUUCUUUUUUCUUUCUUUCUUUCUUUCUUUCUUUUUUCUUUCUCUUUCUCUCUCUUUCUUUCUUUCCUUUUUUUUCUGUUUUUCUCUCUUUUCUCUCUUUUCUCUUCUCUCUCUUUCUUUGUCUCUUCUUUCUUUGUUUUCUUCUUUUCUUUCUCUCUCUCUCUCUCUUUUCUCUCUUUCUUUUUUCUCUCUUUCAGAAUUCUUUCUCUUCAAAUUUUUUUUCUCUUUCUUUCUUUUCUUUUUUUUCUUUCUUUCUUUUUUUCUCUCUUUUUUCUCUCUUUCUCUUUUUUAA